AUGCUGAUUGUUUCUAUCAGCUUAAUGAACCUUGUAACUGCUUUGAUGGUGGACAAUGCGAUGUCGCAGUCCGUCCAGGACAAAGAGGCAGAGCAGGCAUGGGAAGCUGCGAGCAAGAAGAAGGCCAUUCCGAAACUCAAAGAGAUGUUUCUCGACCUAGACGAAGACGGGAGUGGCUGCCUUGAGUUGGAAGAGCUCCAGAACGCCCCCGAGGACUUGAAAGACCAGCUGAGACAGAUUGCCAAGAUGGAGGACUGCGAGGAGCUGUUUCACUCUCUCGAUUACGAUGGCAGCGGCAGCAUCGACGUGGAGGAGUUCUGCGAUGGCGUCCUGAAAGCAUCGCAGGAGAACAAGCCGUUGGAGUUGCUGCGGCUGGCUCGCCAGUGCACCGCCAUCCACCAGAGCACCAAAGAGGCCCUACAGCUCAUCCAGGAGAGCUGGCCAGAGGGUUCGCAAGGCGACAAGGCCGACUUCCCCGCGGCGCCCCGCCCGGACGCUGCCGCAGCGGUGCUCGACGAGGGCGGGCGGCCCCGCGCCGCCGAGGCCUCCCUCGGCGCCCGGGUGACGUCGAUGGAGCUGCGCAUCGCAGGAAUGGAGUCGACCUUGCAGAACAUCGCCGACGUCCUGGCGGCCGCCGCGGCGGCGGUGCGGCGCCCCGAUCGCCCCGCCGCGCGCGCGGAGCGGCGCCCCGACGCCCCUGCUCCGAGAGGCUCCGCGGCCGCGCAGCUGGAGCGCGCGGCCCGCGCGGCAGCGGAGGCCGAGACCGCGGCAAAGGUUGCGGCCGAGAAGCAGCGGCGCGAAUGCAUCUUCGCCUCGCUGCGCCAGCAGGUGCUCUGCUGCAGCCAGUUCAGCAUCGGCUGCCCCAACGGCAGCCGCGGCGAGGGCCCGCCCUUCGACUGCGACCUCCACGCCGCCGACCCGACCAGGCUGUGGUCGCCGGCAAAGAAGGAGUGGUGCUGCUUGCACGUCGGCCGCGCGUGCGCCGGCGACGCAGCAGUGGCAGCACCUGCCGAGGCAAGCUGCGACCUGGCGGGGGGCGCAAGCCCCUCCGAGUGGCCUGCAGGCCGCCGCGAGCACUGCUGCCGUACUGCGGGCGUCGGCUGUGCGAGGGGCGCCGCCGCGGCGGCAACGGAGUUGGACUUCGACUGCGAGGCGGGCCACUCCAAGUGGGCUACGGGGUGGUCUGCGGAGAAGAAGGCGUUCUGCUGCGAAAGGGAGCAGAAGGGCUGCGAGGGGCCGAUGCGCACCUCCACCACCACCACGGCAUCAACGCCCGCGCUCCCGAGUAACGCGCUUGGGAUGGGCUCCACGUUCGCAACCGGUGCCGCGGCUGGACGGCGGGGUGUGAUUGGGGCGGCGGCAGCGAACGCGGCGACCAAGCCGUCCACGACGGCUCUCCCAGCAGCCGCGGCGAUGAAUGGGACUUCGUCCGCAGCCGCGACGAAGCGGCGGCGGCCGGCGAUCGGAGUUGCGGCGGCGAGCACGGCGACCGAUGCGGCCUCAGCGGCUGCGCCCGCGACUUCGGCGACGAGCGCCACGACACUGCGGGCGACGACGGCGAGCAGGACGACCACCACCGCCGCCACGGCGACCACGUCGACGGGGGAGGCCCCGAGGCCCCGCACGGUGGCCCGGACGACCGCGGCAGCUCCCCGCGGCCCCGCGCCCGCGCCGGUGCCCCCGGCGGCCCCUGGCGGCCGCAGGCUGAGCUUCGCGGACGUCGAGUUCUCCAACCUCGGAGGGCAGGGACCCGACGGUGCGGGGGCCUCCUCGGGGCGCAGGGGCAUCCGCUACAGGAGCGUCACGCAGGUCGGCGGGCGCGGGGUCGACCUGGUCCUCGACGCGAUCGGCGGCUACGCCCCCGCCGCGUGGGACGUGGGGGCGAACGGCAGGAGGGGGUCGCUCGGCAUGGUCACUUUCUCGUGCGGCACCAGGGCGGACCUCGGCCUGGGUCUGUUCGAGGCUGGGACGAACCGCUCGGCCGUCGUGCCCAACUUCUACCUCAGCCUCGUGCACGUGCGGCACUCCGGGCUGGCCCGGCGGGGCGAGGUCUCCGUGAAGGGCCCGAGCAACUGGUACCUCAGCGCCAGCACCCGGGCGGGUCUAAGACCACGGUGUUCGCUGCGAUUCGCCCCUUCGGACGCCGCCGAGGCCAAACUGCAUUGGCGCGCGCUGGUGCAGAAGG